AGAUAUUGGACUGCAAUCCUUUCCCGGACGAAAUCAUCUUCUCUUCAACUUGUAUGCUGGCACUUGGCCUAACUAUCGCGAUGAUCAAUUUUUCAUGUCUGUCGGUCACGCAAUGAUUGCCAAAGCCAGCUGUUCCACUUCAAGAAUUCGCCCCAAAUUCGACAUCUCAUUGCCAUUAGUGGACUCGCACCACCCCGAUACCAACGUUCUUCGACAUCCCAAUACAUCUUUUUCUAGAUCCCGGACGAAAGCUCGUCGUCCACUUCUACUAAGCUUCAAGGGCAAGCGUUACGUGAGCGGUAUUGGAUCUGCCUCGCGCAACGCUCUCUUCCAUUUGCACAACGGCGACGACAUCAUCCUAGUCACCACUUGCCGGCACGGUUCUGGUUGGGCUCGUUAUGCAGAUAAACGUUGUCCAAUCGAUAUGGCUCUCUAUGACAAAUAUGAUUAUCAUCAGUUGUUGCGCAACUCCACUUUCUGUCUCGUUCCUCGUGGUCGUCGGCUCGGCUCCUAUCGCUUCUUAGAAGCGUUGCAAGCUUCUUGCAUUCCGGUGGUUUUAAGCAAUGACUGGGAACUGCCAUUCUCUGAGGUAAUCGAUUGGAGACGCGCUCUUGUCUUGGCUGAUGAGCGUCUUGUCUUCACUCUUCCACUGAUGCUUCGUCGGUUGUCCGACCACCAAAUUCUUCAGUUACGGCAACAGGUGGCUUUUCUAUGGACCACUUACUUUCGCUCUAUCGAUUCAAUUGUUUUUACCACGUUGGAGAUUAUUCGCGACCGCGUGAGUAAACGUGCCAGAAGCUACAUUGUUUGGAACUCUCCUCCCGGUGGACUCAUGUUCUCUCAAGGGUAUUCUGUAGACGAGUGCAAACUGCCCUUUCGUAGUCUUCCUAAUUAUUGCGCUUCACAGAUCUCUGCUGGCUUCACUGUAAUCGUGCCGAUCCAAUGGGAAUUGUGCGAGAAUUAUCUGCAUCGUCUUUCAUCGUUUUCUGGCACUACUUUUCGCUCUCGGUGGAUUCGAAAGAUCAUCCUCGUUUGGUUGUGCACUCGACCACCACCAUCACCAUCCACAUUCAUUCCGUACGUCCCCGUGGAAAUGGAGAUCGUCGUUGAAGAUGAGUUUCGAGCCCAAAUGCGGACUGGCGGUCAACCGUCCUCUUCGGUCGCUUUUCAACCAUUUUUCGAAAUUCCAACCCUGGCUGUGUUUGCUUUCAGAUUGAACUUAAACAUAUCCAUGGAACAACUUAACUUCGCCUAUUCAGUCUGGCAGGCAUUUCCAAACCGGUUGGUGGGCUUCCGCUCAGCAGAUCACUGGUGGAACUCUUCUUCAGGAUCGUGGCAUUGGGACGAUUUGGGAAACUCUUCUCAUACCUACUCCAUGAUAUUGCUGAACGCUGCUUUCUACCACAAGCACUAUCACAAUCUAUACUGGCAGGUGCUUUCACCCAUGAGUCACGAGGUAGUCAACACAUUUUCAAAUUGCGAGGACAUUCUAUUUAAUGCCCUCGUCGGCCAUGUUAGUCGGGCGCCUCCCAUUAAAGUGUUGCAAUUCGCGGACGUUCAGCCUUUGUUUCAAUCGUCAGCUUCGUCUCAGAUGACUGCGGAUGCUCGGGGUCGUGGGCAUCGCAGCGUUUGUCUGCAGGCUUUCUCUGAGCACUUUUCCUAUCAAGAUUUUUCCACCACUUGGCCUUCAGAGGAAGAGGUCGAAAUUGAUCCAUCGUCUCUCCAAUCAUUUCGCUCGCGGACCUUUUAUCUACCGCUAUACCGAUCCGAGCUGGUGAUUAAAUAUCGCAUGCAUCAUUGUGAAACUCGGGAUACACGAUACUACGUCGUGCUGACCUGCACUAUGAAACAAGCACGCUCGUGCGUAUCUACGUGAUACUUAUUCUUCUCAUGGAUUCAGGUCAGUGCAAGGUGAACUGCGUUGUUUUUAAUCGCUUUUCGCACAGCGGAAUUGCGCUGCAUCCGAUUCGCUGCUUUGCACUUGCUAUCCUAAUCCUGUUCAUCUGCUGUUCCACUUCUAGCUACGUCCCAGGAAGCGGAUGAUUUCAAACCAUCGUUAACCGCUGAAGUUCUUCGCAAGGAACGCUCACCAGUUUUUAGUGCUGUAACUCCAUGUGACCUUAUUUCGACGGUUUUUAUGAUGCUUUCUUUUUAACUGUCCAUUCUCACUUUUUUACGGUUAUUCCUCUACUGAGGCUUUACAGUUUACUUUACGUUGUGAUAACUCACUUGCGCCUUAUCCAAGAUGUCUUUCAUUCAUCGAAGCGCUUCAUGACUUUGUUAGUACAAUUAAAUACUCUCACG